AUGGGUACCCAGGGGGGGUCCUCUGACGUUCCUGAAGCAGACUUCUCGCAGUUCUCACAGGCUACAAAUCUUGGAGGACACUCGGAUGUAGGGCAGUUCAGUCUCGGAAGCGAUGAGAAGGGUAGGAAGAAGGUUACCUCGAAGAAGAAGAAGAAGGUGGACGCGAAAACUGAUAGAACCAAGUGGACUGACGAGGAAGAUGAGUUGUUGGUGUCGGCAUGGCUUAAUGUGAGCCAAGAUCCAGUUGUGGGCAAAGAUCAGUCGAAAGAGACCUAUUGGGGCCGUAUCGCAAAGUACUUCAACACUUAUAAAAAGGAAAGCAUGAUGCCUAGGAUCGACAAAGCGCUGAUAAACCAUAUGAAGCUGAUCACGGAUGCCAUGACAAAAUUUACGAUGGCUCGAGCCUGCACCGCAUAUAAAGCACUUGAGGGCAAACCAUUCGCGUACACCCACUGUUGGGUGCUGCUGGCCGACCACCCUAAGUGGCAUGCACACGAAUCGGCAAAGGCGCAGAAGGUCCAAGAUGUUGUGGACGCCCAGUGCAGCCAAGCUGCGGGCAAUGACGUCCCUAAUGAUGCGGCUUCGAACGCGUCGACGGACCUUCCCCGUCCUAUUGGCCAUGACCAAGCGAAAGCUUCCCGUGCGUGCAAGUCACCGUCCACCUCGUCACUUCCCACCGUUUCCGGAGGUGUUUAUGAACGACAACUGUAG